AUGAUGAACUCCACUCAGGUCUCACACUUCGUCCUCGCCGCCUACGUCGACACCGGACUCCUGAAAUACGUGUACUUCCUGAUUGUUCUGUGUGUCUAUGUGUUCAUCGUGGGUGCCAACGUGUUCCUCAUCGUGGUGAUCUGUGUGAACAGGAGCCUCCAUGAGCCCAUGUACAUGUUCCUGUGCAGCCUGUUUGUCAAUGAGCUGUAUGGUAGUACAGGCUUGUUUCCACUGCUGCUGGUCCAGAUCCUCUCUGACCUUCACUCUGUUCCUGCUUCUCUCUGCUUCCUGCAGAUCUUCUGUGUCUACUCGUAUGGAAGCGUCGAGUUUUGGAGUCUAGCUCUUUUAUCUUAUGACAGAUAUGUGGCCAUCUGUGACCCGCUGCAGUAUCAGACCCGCAUGACGCCUCGGAGAACCGGCUUGUUGGUUCUCCUGACGUGGUUCUACCCUGUGGUUGUGAACAGCGUCUCGGUGAGCCUGAACUCGGCGCUGCAGCUCUGUGGAAACGUCAUCACCAAGGUCUACUGCGACCAUCACGCUGUGGUGAAGCUGCUCUGUUCUGCUGCCGACGCCGCCGUCAGCAACGUCAGCGGCCUGGUGGUGUCCUUCCACUUCAUCGUCCUGCCGCUGGCGCUGAUCCUCUUCAGCUACCUGAGGAUCCUGCAGGUGUGUCUGAGCGGCUGUAAGCAGAGCAGAGCCAAGGCGCUGAGCACCUGCACGCCUCACCUGGCCUCUCUCAUCAACUUCUGCUUCGGAGCCUGUUUUGAAAUCCUCCAGAGCCGCUUCGACAUGAGCAGCGUGCCGCCGGCGCUGCGGGUCUUCCUGUCGCUCUACUUCCUCGCAUGUCCGCCCGUUUUCAACCCUCUGAUGUACGGACUGAACCUGUCCAGAAUCAGAACUUCAUGUAAAAAGCUCAUUUCUCAGGUGGUUUAUUAG